UUCUUUGUGCGCUUUUGAGGAGAUGAAUUUUCCCGCGCUGUCGCUCUAACGUCGUUAUUCAGUCACGCUUCUGAGUGGCUGUCGAUUAUACAAGUCGCCUGACUACAUGAGCAAACAUACAGGAAGUGGAUUGAAUAUUUAUGUUUCUACGUCGCUAAAAGCCGGUCAGCUGAGUUCAUUGAAAAGUUCCACCCUCAGUGCAACCUUCCAUCACGUUUCUGACGGGAAAUGAAGGUUUCAUGGACUGCUUAAAGCUCGAAUUUGUCAGCCGCUAUCCUUGGAGAUACGUCUUUGCAAUAAAUUAUUCACCGAUUACCUCAUCUUUAGGCGAAACUAGUGUGUACGACUGCACUAGUCACGAGGUCUACCGGCGACAAAUUUACUGUCUUCGUUCCGCCCGAUAGAAGCCAUACAAUACGACGAAUUGUUCUGAUUUGGGGAUUAUUACCUCUACUGGUACAUAACACGCCAUCUUGGUCGAAUAAUGGGCUACAAAUGCGUGUGUUAGAGCGCUGUUUUGGAGUGUAUUUCGUAGACGUCUUUCUUUGUUUGAUUUCAGCUGAUUGAACAUUGGGCACAAUUCAGCGCUCGCAAUGAGCCUUCCUUUGCACCAAAUGCGGACUGGUCAUGGUAGAUAUAAGACGGAAAUUAUCAUUAUACUAAGAAAAGGGAAAAGAACUUCACCAAUGAUGAACACAGGCAAGGAAAAUGUCUCUCCGUCUGCAAUUAGUAGCCCAAUCUUGGCGGAACGCGAGCUGGAUUGUCUAAAUGAGAACUUCCAAAAGGGUCUUGAUUUGAAUGGAGUUGUCGAAAAAGAUGGCCGCCAUUUCCUUGAAGUUAUGAAAAAAGAAGCAGAAAGAAUGACAAGAGUUUGCGAGACAUUAGAUAAAGAUAUCAGCGAGAGUUCCGCGACUGAGGAAGUUUGUGGCAAGGUGAGAGCCGCAAUUGGAAAAUCUAAACUAUUGACAACGAAGAAGUUCAAGCAGUUCAAAGGGUUAUGUGAAUGCAACCUGGGAAUUGGAGAUCUAAAUGGUAUCAGGCCAACCAAUGCAGACCUUGCUGGAUUCUGGGACAUGGUUAUGAUUCAGGUUGAUGAUGUUAAUUCCAUGUUUGAGGCAUUAGAGGAACUUAGACAAAAUGAUUGGCAAGAGAAGUUCAAACCAGCAGAAAAUGGAGAUGGACUUACUAGAACACCUUCUUUAUCUAAAAAAGCCUCUUCACUGACUAGGCAACCUUCAUUUGGUAAGGUUCCAUUGACAAGACAAAGAUCCAAAGAAGAAGUAAAAGAAGUAGAAGCAAAGCAAAGAGCUGCUGCCAGGCAGAGGUUGGCCGCUGCUAAAAGAGCAGCCCGAAAAAAAGCAAAUCGGAACAGUAAUCCUCUGGACAAUGUGGAAAUAUUCUGUUCCCCACAUAAAUGAAAAAAACAACAACAGAUAAAUAUAUCAUCAAAGAAAAGAAUAAUUUAAUACUAUUUGAAAGGUGUGUACAAAGAAGUUAGUUUUAGUUUAUAUCUACAGCCAUGCCUAGCCAUGUUUGGGCAUCUAGCCAAAAAGGAGAAAUUGCCAGAUACCAUGAGCGAGGAAGAUAGUGUUAUGUGAUAGAAUGUAUUUGGCUGCCCUGACAGGCGUUUGAACUGUAUAAAUGCGAUUGAGCAUUUUCAUUUGCUUAUGUCUAUAUUUCAAGUGGUUUUCAUUAACAUGUGAUCAAUAAAUCAAAAUCAAUGAAGAAAGGAGCCCAAUAAAGAGUAAUAAUAUUUCAUAGUGUAUUUUCGUGGUUAAAGAAAACCACUAAUUCAUAGUUUGCAUUUCAGAAAAAUAGCAAGCAAGCAUUGCUUUGAUAUGAUUUUUUUAUGUACAGAGAUAAAAGGGUUAGUAAAGCACUGAAAAAUUCUGUACAGAAAAAAAUAAUUAGCAUGAAAUUUUGUAGGUGAAGAAUAAGAAAGUUCAUUUGCCACUUGUAGUUUUGUAUAAUUGCCAUCCCUGCGACCAUCUCCAUGCCAUCUCCACGAUUGAACCGCUAAAAUGGCUGGCAAACUUCUAUUUAUUAGUAACUAUUAUUUGUAGAAUAGCGAGUUCUGUUCAGUGUUCUUAUGUUGUUUUGAUUAUUUUAUCAAUUUGUUGUAUACUCCUAUUUAAAAAAGAAACGUUGCCAAUUCAAAUGGCAAAUGCUAGUCCAUUGCCUAUUGUAUUGAUGAUUUGUAAGAAUGAAGAUAAUAAAUUAACAUAUCGUAUGAUUUUUUCGGGUAUUCUGUAGAAAUAAGAGCAAUUUCUUUUUUCACGAAGAACUGCUUAUUUACAUUUUCCAUUUGCUAAUUGCAACGUUUUUUUUAAUAGGAGUGUAAGAGCUUCAACAAGUUGAUGGCUAUUAGGAAGGGUUACAGGACCAUAUUUGAAUUUGACUGAUAAGAAUGUUUGCCCGUCCUAAAUGUCUGUGAUUAAACAUUUUGUCUGGUCAGUUCUUCAUACUGGUUAAUCGUUUCAAAAUAAACAUUGUUGCUUAUG